CUUCCGAUCGCGGGCGCCAGAGGCCUGCGCCCCCUUUCCUUCCGCCCAGCACCCCCGUUGCCUUCGGUGCACGCGCGUGGCGGCGGGGGCGUCGAGAAGUCCCCCGUGGUUUACGAAUGACAAGGACAGGCAAGAACUAGGCGCUGCCCUGAAUUCUGGCCCAGCUGGUGGCGGAGAAAAGUCCGGAGAGGCACCGGAUAGGGCAGAGAGGACCUGUCUGCCAAGAAGUCCUGAGGAAGGCGCAGGCCGCUGGGGACAGCUCAGCUGCCACCAAGGGCUUGAUUCCGGGCUGGGGGAGACAAAUCUUUCCUCCUGGUGGACACUGUCCAGAGCGGUGUGAGUUGGGCCAGAGGUAGGGAGAGAGUACCAUGGUGCCCGCCCUUCAGCGGCUGCUGGGUCCUGGGGACAGCCUGAGGCCAGACAGGGCCUGACAGUGUCAGGAAGAGAUGUCACUCAGGCUCCCCAUGACCUUUGUCCUUGCUCAAGACUUGGUGUCCCAUUGCCCAAGCAUUGCCAAGGGUUGGCUCUGGGCUUCUGCUGUGGUUCAUGUAUUUAUUCUUAAAAUUCGACUGUAAGGUCCUGGGGAGGCAGGGAGAACUCGCCCAGGCAAGCCUCAGCUGCAGGCUGGGCCCUUCCUGGGAGCUCAGGGUUCCAGUGCCUGGGGGACCCCGGGGCAGUGACUCUGACACUGCCCCCCCCCCCCCCCCCCCCCGCCUUGUUGAGUGAAGGAAAAUCUAAUGCCUCCUGGAGGUUUUGGAGGGCUGGAGAGGAGUGGGUGGGCUCAGGUUCUCACAUUACUCCCAGACCCACGUCUCAGCGUGGUCAUGGCUGGUUCCAUGGCACGCUCCACAAACACUGAACAGUUUCUCAAAGUUGCUGCGACCAAGUGGCUGCCCAACAGGUCCCCUUGGGAUGUGGAAAGAAAGUAGGAGAAAUCCGCUAUUUCUUUUCAACUCAUCCUUUGCAAAUUCAAUGCAGCCUUAUGGUGUAGGAAUGUAUCUGUUUCAUGAUCUAGCAUAUAAUUUGUAAGUGGGUGCACCUAUCUAUUUUGUGAGUGCGCACUUGAAUUCUGCCUUUUACCGAAGAGGGUGUGUAAUCAGAAAAGUUUGGAGAGGAUUGUCCAGAGGGUAAACUGUGCCAGCCCUUCACUGUUGAGUCUCCCCUGUUUCUCUGGCUUCAUUAUUGAAUAUUCUUCCCUGUUCUUCCUCCUCUCCUGAUCUUUCUAUGGUGACAUCAUUGCUUCACCUCUACUCACCUUGCAGUUACCGGCAGAUGCUCCAUGGUUUCAUGUCAGUAGCCUCGGCAGCGUGUUCUGUCUGAGGGCUCAUCCUCCUUGCGCACUGCAAAUUUAGAUGCCCUCGCUCCUCUUUGAACCUUGCCUUGAGGCCUGCAACUCUGAAAGUGCCUUGGAGGUGCCUUGAAUCACUCCUGGGUCACUCUCCUGCAGCCAUUGUACUUGACAGCACAUUUGUCUAGACUGGCAGCUCCUUGUAAGCAAGGCCCGGUCUCCGAGAUAGACACUCCGAAUAUGUGCCCAAUGCCACGGUGCACACCUUGACCCUACAGCUGGAGGGGAGAACUGGGGCCCAGCGAGCUUAAUCAGUCCUCGCAAGGUCAGGGCUGCUGACCCACUAAUCAGCUUGAGCCUCCUAAUCCAUCCCCAGCAGGAACCGCAGGACAGACGGCAGUGGCUCCUGAGAGCGGGCCGGGGCCAUUUUGGCUCCUCGCCUGUGGCCUUCUGUGGACUUGGUCUGGGAGGGGAUGGGGCAGCUGCGCCAUGUGCACCACACUUUUCCUGCUCAGCACCCUGGCCAUGCUCUGGCGCCGCCGAUUUGCCAACCGAGUCCAACCAGAGCCCAGCGACGUGGAUGGGGCAGUUAGGGCCAGCAGCGUGGACGCAGACCCUCAGGCCUCAGGCAGGGAGGAAGAACCUCUGAAGUAAAGCCUCACCUCUGCAGGUGGGCUCAGGCCCAGAGACUGGGAUCAGCUGGCCCAGGCAGCUCAGGUCCUGGUUCGUCCCCUAGUCCAGGAGGAUGCUGUGGGAGCCGGGGCAGCAGCAAGAGGGAGAAUGGAGGAAAGCAGCACUAAAGGUCCUUUGGCUCCUGCUUAACGGAAGCCUCACAGAUGCAAGACGGCUCCAGCAGGCCCAGCAUCACUAUUUCACAGUGUCCCUAAGCCAGAAGAGAGGCUGUUGUUUUUAAAAGCAGGAAAGCCUUUCUAAACUUGGCCAGAAUUGCAUUGCAGACCCUUUCCCAAAACAAUGUCCAGCAAAGGGAAUAGACUCACCCUGUCUGGUACAGAUGAAUCAAGGUCUGCCCCUGGGGCUAGGGAGGGGCUUGCUCCUGCUGAAGCAGACCCUCGCCCAGCAGCUGAAGAGAGCGUAGGCUCAUCAGCUGGAGGAAGAGACUGGCCACUAACAGUGCCUGCCAUACACAUGUGCUUCCUUGAUAUUGCUGCUGCCCACUGUUCAGAUGUAAGCAGUCAGCUGCUUGGGAUACUACCUACCUUCUUCUGUGUUCUUAUUAAUAAAAUUAAGGAUUCUGUUCUGGGUUGAGAAAUAAUCUCAA